AUAAAAAAAGUUUCCCAUGGGCUUGAGUGGGAGGCUUUUGCAAAUGAUCAUAGCGUCUGGAGUGAUCAUAUUUGCAAUGGUGGCCGCAGUAGCAACGACUAACGCCAAGCCUGCAGGCUGCCCCCGCAAGUGUGGAGAUGUAGAAAUUCCAUUUCCAUUUGGCUUGAAGGAGACUGAUCAGGCCUGCUAUCUAAAUAAGGUUUUUGAUAUCUUUUGUGACUCUGGAAAACCAAUGAUAGGUAAUUUGCCUGUAAUAAACAUAUCCAUUGAGACUCAUGAGUUACAUGUCUUGAAUACUGUGGUCCGAGAUUGUUAUGAUUGGUCGGGUCAACGCGUAAGUAAGAACACGAAGAAGCUCUCGGCAGCCCAGUUCACCAUUUCCAAUACGAAAAAUCAGUUCACUGUUCUUGGCUGUGAUACUCAGGCAUACCUCGGUGGGUUCCAAAACGGAGAACGGUAUUGGCUCGGGUGCUCAUCUCUAUGUCCUAGCCUUAAUAAUGUGGUCAGUGAUUCUUGUUCUGGCGUUGGGUGUUGCGAGCUAGGGUUUCCAGAUGGAUUAAAGGAUAUUUGGGUGCAAGUACAGAGCUUUUCUAAUCACACCAACGUAUCGGACUUCAAUCCUUGUGGCUAUGCUUUUGUUGUCGAGAAAGGCAAGUUCAACUUCUCCACCGAUAUUCUCCGCAAUCUACCGUACAAUAGGGUUCCGAUGGUGUUUGAUUGGGCAAUUGGCAAUGAAACAUGUAAAGAAGCUCAAAAGAAACCAAAUUUCGCAUGUGAAGACAAAAAUAGUGAAUGCUUUGAGCCCCAAAAUAGAGAGGGAUACCAAUGCAUGUGCAAGCAAGGUUACAAAGGGAACCCAUACCUUUAUGGGGGUUGCGAAGACAUCAACGAAUGUGAAGAUCCAACUCUCAAUAAUUGCUCCAAAAUGUGUAACAAUACAGAAGGCAAUUAUACAUGUUAUUGUCCCAAGGGAUACCAUGGGGACGGAAGAAAAGAUGGUGAAGAUUGUUCCGCAGAUCCCACCGCAGUAAUAGCGAUUAAGAUUCCAAUUGUUAUUGGCGUAAGCUUUGUUGUUAUACUUGGGGUUAGCUCUUGGCUGUUCAUUUUUCACAAGAAAAGAAAACUUAUCAGGCUUAAAGAAAGCUUCUUUCGACAGAAUGGGGGUUUGAUUUUAGAACAGCAAUUCAGUAAACAACAAAGAUCCAAAGAAAUGGCCAAAAUCUUUACUGUAGAAGAGCUGAAAAAGGCAACAAAUAACUAUGAUGAGAGUAGAAUUAUUGGCCAAGGAGGUUUUGGUACAGUUUACAAAGGAUUCUUACUUGAUAAAAGGAUUGUUGCCAUCAAGAAGUCCAAGACAGUGGAUCAAAACCAAAUUGACCAAUUCGUUAAUGAAGUUGUUCUGCUCUCCCAAAUUAAUCAUAGGAAUGUUGUCAAACUCUUGGGCUGUUGUUUAGAGACACAAGUUCCUUUGCUAGUCUAUGAAUUUGUUCCUAAAGGUACGCUCUUCAAGUAUAUACAUCAUGAAAGCAGCGCAUCCACCAUAACGUGGGAAACUCGUCUAAGAAUAGCUGCAGAAACUGCGUACGCACUAUCGUAUCUGCAUUCUGCAGCUUCGACACCUAUAAUACAUAGAGAUGUUAAGUCCUCAAACAUACUGCUUGAUGAUGAUUUCACUGCAAAAGUAUCCGACUUUGGAACUUCAAGAUUGGUUCCCCGAGAUCAAAAGGAACUAGCUACUGUAGUGCAAGGAACUCUUGGAUACUUAGAUCCUGAAUACUUACAGACGAACCAGUUAACAGAGAAAAGUGAUGUCUACAGCUUUGGAGUGGUCCUCGUGGAGCUACUAACAGGAGGGGAUGUACUUUCAUUCAAUAGGUCCGAGAAGGAAAGAAGUCUAGCUAUGUAUUUUCUUUCUUCCUUGAAAGAGGAUCGAUUGUUUGAAGUUCUUGAAAAUUGUAUAGUUGAAGAAGGAAAUGAAGAGCAGAUCAAGGAAGUCGUUGAACUUGCAAAGAGGUGCUUAAGAGUGAAAGGGGAUGAGAGGCCUACUAUGAAGGAAGUGGCAAUGGAAUUAGAAGGAAUAAGAAAGACCGAGACGCAUUCGUGGGUUAGUGUUCAAUCAAAUCUGGAAGAGGCCGAACACUUGCUUGGUGAGACAUCCCACGCUUACGAACAAGGUGGAAGUAGCAGUAGAACCGUUGGAUAUGACAGCAUGAAUGACCAGGUAACAUUAGCCUUGGGGGAUGGUAGAUGAAUGUGGCAUAAUAACGUCCGCCAUUCAUGGUGUUUUUUCCUAAUGCAAUUUCCGGUUUUAUUAUCCUAAAAUAAAGGUAGGGAGAAAAAUAAAGAUCUAGUUUAAAGCUCUAUACAAAUUAGUGUUUUUGUAGUCUUCGGCAUGCUCCCUUCCCUGUGUAUAAUGUAAAUCACUUGCUGCAUGUGUUUAGUUUGUUUGGUUACUGCAGUAUUUUAUUGUAUUCCGAUGCAUAUAUACUAAAGAAUAUAUGGUGAUUAAUGUAUAA